AUGGAGGUCAGGGACCCCGAGGACCAGGAGGAUGGGGACUCCGAGGAGGACACGGCCACAGCCCUGCAGCGGCUGGUGGAGCUGACCGCCGCCAGGGUGGCCGCCGUGCGGAGUGUGCGUGCCCAGUACCGCCUCAUCCGAAAGCUCGGCUCCGGCUCCUACGGCAAAGUGCUCCUCGCCCAGCCUCGCCACGGGGGCCCCGCCGUGGCUCUGAAGCUUCUUCGUCGGGACCUGGUGCCCAGGACCACCUUCCUGCGGGAGUUCUGCGUGGGCCGCUGCGUCUCCUCGCACCCGGGUCUGCUCCAGACCCUGGCGGGACCCCUGCAGAGCGCCCGGCACUUCGCCUUCGCCCAGGAGUACGCGCCCCACGGGGACCUCAGCGGGAUGCUGCAGGAGCGGGGCCUCCCGGAGCUGCUGGUGAAGCGGGUGAUGGCGCAGCUGGCCGGGGCGCUGGACUUCCUGCACAGCCGCGGGCUGGUGCACGCCGACGUGAAGCCGGACAACGUGCUGGUGUUCGACGCCGCCUGCAGCCGCGUGGCCCUCGGGGACCUGGGCCUGACCCGGCCGGAGGGCAGCCCCACCCCCGCGCCGCCCGGGCCGCUGCCCUCCGCCCCGCCCGAGCUCUGCCUCCUGCUGCCCCCCGGCACCCUGGCCCUGCGGCCCUCGCUGGACGCCUGGGGCCUGGGGGUGCUGCUCUUCUGUGCCGCCACCGCCUCCUUCCCCUGGGGCGUGGCCCUGGCCCCGGACCCCCAGUUCGAGGCCUUUGCGGGCUGGCUGACCACCCGGCCGCAGCCCCCCCGGCCGCCCCGCCCCUGGGACCGGUUUGCGCCCCCCGCUCUGGCCCUGCUCCGGGGGCUGCUGGACCUGGACCCCGAGGCCAGGAGCCCCCCGCUGGCUGUCCUGGACUUCCUGGGGGACGACUGGGGGCUGGAGGGGGACAGAGGGGGGCCCGGCGGCUCGGGGAGUAUAUCCGGGGAGGAUGGGGAGGAGGAGGAGGAGGAGGGAGGCUCCAGCUUGGAGGAGUGGACAGAGGAGGAGGAGGAGGCAGCGGGGGAGAGGGACCCGGGUGGCGAGAGGAUGGGGACAGAUGGGGGAACUCCCGGGCCAGGGGACUGA